UGGCGGUGCGCGGCGCGGUGCAUUGUGGGCCGCGCGACAGCGUUAAUGGCGGCGUCCGGGUCCCGAACGGCGGGUUGGGGUCGGUGGUUUUGUACCGCUGCUCCGCCUCGGCCGUGGCGGCUCUUCGGGGCGAUGUGUCUGCUGCGGUUGCCCCGUAUCACGCAGACCCUCGAGAAGGAGGAGGAAGAGAUGGCGGCCCUCAUGGGGCAGAUAGAGCUGGAGAAAAGCCACUAUUCAGAUCAUGAAAUUCGCAGGUUGGAGGAGGAGGAGCAGCUCAGGAGGAGGAAGGAAAGCAUGUAUGAUGAUGAUGAUGAAGCACCUGGCAAAACAGUCAUCAUGGCUCAAGACCUGGAGGACAAGUGGGAACAGAAGUUACUGCAGUUCAAAGCUGCUCCACGGAUAACAGAUGCUGAUAAAAACAACAAUCGAGCGUCGUUGAACAGGAAGCUGGACAGUAACCUGAUGCUUUUGGUGAAACAAAAACUCGGUAACCAGGAGCUGUGGCUCCUGCCUCAAGUGGAAUGGCAGCCUGGAGAGACACUGCGAAGCACAGCUGAGCGAGCUAUGGCUACGUUUUUGGGAGAUCACAUUCAAGCCAAAAUCCUGGGGAAUGCGCCAUAUGGGAUUUACAAGUAUAAAUUCCCCAGGGCCAUCAGGACUGAGGAUAACGUGGGAGCCAAAGUAUUCUUCUUCAAAGCCUUCCUCCAAAGCAGUGAUUUCUCCCAGGCAGAGCUGAAGGAAGAUUAUCUGUGGGUCACAAAGGACGAGCUGGGAGAUUACUUGAAGUCAGAAUACCUGAAAAAAGUCAAUCGAUUCCUUCUGGACUUGUAAGUGAUAGGUUGUGCUCCAGCAGAUGGGGAAGAUGUGGGAUGUGACUCCAGGGAGGAGCACAGCUGCUGCUUUGCAUGGUCUGUGUGUAUGAGAUGUUAGCUUGGGCUCUGGAGGAUAAUUUGCCUUUGCCUUAUUUCCCAGUUCUCUUCACCAGCCCUGUACUGAAUAAAUAUUAAAACUUA